AUGCCGUUCAGCAACACCCACAACAAGUACAAGCUGAAGUUCUCGGCGGAGGAGGAGUUCCCUGACCUCUCCAAGCACAACAACCACAUGGCUAAGGUCCUCACCCCCGCCCUCUACCAGCGCCUGCGGGACAAGGAGACCCCCAGCGGCUUCACCCUCGAUGACGUCAUCCAGACCGGCGUCGACAACCCUGUGCCAGAGCCCUGUCCCAGUGCCAUACUGGGUGCCCAGUGCUGUGUCCAGUGCCGUGCCUGGUCCACAGUGCCAUACUGGGAGCUGAUCGAGGAGAUCUUCAAGAAGGCGGGCCACCCCUUCAUGUGGACGGAGCACCUGGGCUACAUCCUGACCUGUCCCUCCAACCUGGGGACGGGGCUGCGGGGGGGCGUCCACGUCCGCCUGCCCAAGCUCAGCCAGCACCCCAAGUUUGAGGAGAUCCUCAAGCGCCUCCGCCUCCAGAAGCGUGGCACAGGUGGGGUGGACACGGCGGCUGUGGGCGCCGUCUUCGACAUCUCCAACGCCGACCGCCUGGGCUUCUCGGAGGUGGAGCAGGUGCAGAUGGUGGUGGAUGGGGUGAAGCUGAUGGUGGAGAUGGAGAAGAAGCUGGAGCAGAACCAGUCCAUCGACGACAUGAUCCCCGCCCAAAAAUAG